AUGGAUGACCAAAGCUCUGGAUCGGUCAGAAUCGAGAAGCUGACCGCAUCUAACUUUCACAUCUGGAAGCAGAAAAUCCAGCUACUGCUUGCUCUCCGAGAUGUCGAUCAAUACGUUUUUGAUGAUAUCCCGGAGAAUGCCACCUCAGAUGACCGGAGAAAAUGGAUCCGUGGUGACGCAAAAGCAAAGGCAGUCAUCGGACUCACGCUUUCUGAUGACUACUUGCAACAUGUGCGAGGGUGUAGCAGUGCGAAAGAGACAUGGGAAGCAAUUCUGAAUGUGUUUGAGCGUCAUACUUUGCUCAACAAACUUGCCGCCCGUCGCGACUUCUACACUGUAUCCAUGCUCCCAUCCGAGAAAGUGCUCGUGUUCAUCAAUCGUGUGAAGCAACUUGCUGCCAGAUUGCAGUCAAUGAGUGUUGAGAUUGACGAUAAAGAAAUUGCAAUGGCUGUGUUGAAUGGCUUGCCUCCACGAUUCGAUAACCUGAUUGUUGCUCUUGACGCACUUGGCAAUGAAGAUAAAGUGUUUGGACUCGAGUUUGUGAAGAGUCGUCUGCUGCAAGAAGAACAACGAGAAAGCAUGAAGACCGCUUCUGCUUCAUCACCACAUCCACCUGCACUUGUCAAUCGUAUGCCUAUUCGAUGCGAUAUGAAAUGUACGAAUUGCAAUAGACAUGGGCAUACUGCAGCGCGUUGCUGGGGCAAGGACCCAAGUGCAUUCGUUUCUCGAGAUGACAAUUCUACUGCUGCCUUUGCGGAGAGUGACUUUACUUGCUUGCUUUCGACUUCCACUCCAGACAAGAGGGCUGCAAACGCAAGGUCAUGGCUUGUCGAUUCCGGUUGCAGCGCUCACAUUACGUUUGAUCGCUCUUUGUUCGUUACGUAUGAACAGAUGCAAUCUGGAUCAGUCGAGAUGGGCACGAAGGCUAGAGCUAAUGUCGCUGGUCGCGGCGAGGUAGAAUUCAUGUUGAAUGUGAACGGUAGUCCACAUCCUUGCAAAUUGUCAAACGUUUUGCACGUCCCUGAUUUCGGAUACUCGCUACUGUCUGUUAGCCAAAUCGUUUCAAAGGGCUUGCAAGUGUCAUUUGAAAAUGACAAAUGCAUCGUUACUGCAGGACCAACUGUAGUUGCUACAGCGAGUCAAGUUGGGGAUUUGUACAUACUUGACGUCAUGAAUGAAACCUUUUCUGCUCACGUAGUUACCCUUGUACAAGGAAUCGCAUCAAUGAUUCACAAUAAUGUGGUAAGUGGCAUCAACGUUCGUCAAAGCGAUGUGAUCAGUGCAAUGAAUCCGAAGUCUGACAAUCACUCUCCCAUUUGUCCUGCGUGUGUGUUUGGCAAAGCAACGCGAUCAGUAAUCCCAAAACAGCGAUCAUCGUCUCGAGCACAGAACUGUCUUGACUUGGUACAUUCUGACGUUUGCGGUCCCCUCGAAGUACAGUCCAUUGGUGGUUCGAGAUACUUCAUUACAUUUGUAGAUGAUCACUCGAACUGGUUAGUUGUGUACACGAUGAGAAAUAAAUCUGAGGCGUUUGCAAAAUACAAGUUGUAUGAAAAAUUGGUUCAAACCCACACUGGUCGCAAAGUAAAGGUGCUUCGCACUGAUCGAGGGGGAGAGUACUUGUCGACGGAAUUCAAGUCGCAUUUAGAUUUAAACGGUACGCAGCACCAACUCACAACGGCGUACACCCCUGAACAAAACGGUGUUGCUGAACGUUUAAAUCGAACUUUGAUUGAUCUUGUCCGCUCUAUGCUUUCUCAUAAACAGGUCAGUAAGCGAUUCUGGGCCGAAGCUCUUGCCACUUCGGUAUAUGUACGUAAUCGAGUUACUUCACGCGCUUUGCCCGUUAAUACAUAA